UCUCAACAUAAAUUUAAAUUUUAUUCCAAAAAAUGGAACAGACUCUCUCCAACGACAGGCAGAUUGCUUACCACAGGCAGCAGAUAAACCCCGAAGUUAUACCUGAUAGCAAGCUGACUUUUGCAUAUGACGAUAUACAUACAACAGGGGCUGAAGGAGCAGGGAGUAAGGCCACUAGUAGCAAAUACACUAAGAUUUGUACCGAAAUUUCAGGGGAAGAACAUAAAGUAACGACCACAGUGGAUACUGAAGGAGCUAAAUUUGAAGUCAGUUCGAGUAUUAAAGCAGGAGGAAGGGACGAUAAGUUAAUAACCAAGGCCUUGAAGGAGAUUAAUGAUGAUUUCCAUGAUGCUAUUAAGAUUAACUUGGCCUUAGGAAGUACGAUUCUUGAGAAGUUGGUCGCUCUGUUCGAAGAUAAAGAUGAUGUUAUCCGAGAGCUUGCUUCUAGAGCUGUAAUGCAGAUCGCUAGAGCGGAGAGAGGCAGAGAAACUCUUGUGGAAAAUAAAAUUGUUGACAAUGUGGCUAAGCUUUUUGAGGAUGAAGUUGAAGCGAUCAGAGCAAAUUCUUAUGAUACUUUGAUUUACUUAGCAGACUUUCAGUAUGGUAUAGAUUCUGUUAUCAGUUUUGAUAUUAUACAGAUUCUUGUAGAUAGACUUAUUCUUGAGCCAGAGGAGCCAAUUUUGAUUCAGAUUUUAACUCUGCUCAAAAUUCUUCUUGAAGGAGAGCGUGCUCCAAGUAUUAUUCUAUCGACACAAGCAUUGUCAAGACUUAAUGAUCACCUUAAAUCUGAGAAUAAGAUUAUUAGAGAACUAUCAGCACUUUGCUUAGGCUCGAUCAGUUAUAACGAAAGAGGCAAAGAGUAUACUAUCAAAGCUGAGUCUAUUCCUCCUCUCUGAGAGAUGUUAGAUGAUAGCAUCACUAACUGAAGAAUUGCUGCUACAAGAGCAUUAGCUUCCCUUGCUCAGCUUAAGGAAGGAAAAGUUGAAAUCCAUACUCUUGAAAGACUCGAUAGGAUAAUUGAACUUUUGGAUGACCCCAAUGAACAACUUAGACUAAAUGUAGUACAACUCAUUGCCAAUGUUUCUGAAUACCCUCCUUGUAGAGAGAAGUUCAAGGAAUGUCUAAAGAAACUACAAGAUUUGGAAGAUGAUUCCACGUUCCCUCUUGUAUCAAGAUUUGCAGAGGUAGCCAUCAAGACAAUCACUUGGAUUCCAUAAGUUCAAUAAAGCUGAA